AGAUCACUGGUAUGAAUAUGCCCUAGAUAGGCCAGAGCAUAUGCAGCAGGUUGUUUUAUUUCCCGAGAUCACAAACAUUUCUAAGAAGGGAACCAGGAAGUUUUCUUUAUUUUCAGUUUCCUUGCUUAUUCCUAUCUAAACUGACCGGCGCAAUGAUGCAAGAGAAGAACAAGGAAUGAUGCAUUGACUGAGGAAGAACAUACGUACUUAGAGUGACUACAUGCACGCGAUGCGAUACCAUGUGGGUAAACAACCACACCCAGAUCUAAUUACUUAACAUCACGUCCCAUAGUAAUGGGUUGUUUUUGGCAGAAACAAUUAAUCUGGUUAUCCAGUAAGUUGAUCACCCUAUCACUUUUAUUAUAUCAUCAAGAUAGCUGGCUAGUACAGUACUUGUUUUAUUUUUGACUGGCCAGGUGGAUUGGCAUCAUUGUAUAGAAAUACCAACUCUAGCUAGAUAGGCAAUACCAUCGUGUGGACGCUUGUUUUGUUUCCCAGUAUUAAUCGCAAUUGUUUUAAGAAGGAAAAUGUCGGUUGUUUUAUUUCCCUUUUCUUAUGCCCACCUAAACUAGCUAGCGCAUUGAUUCAAGAGGAAGAACGUAGGACUUACGCAUAGAUGAAAGAGGAACAGCAUGCGUGGAGAGUAAGUAUAGCAAAACCCAUAAUAAUGCCGUGUCUGAGUUUGGACCAAACAUUCUAUAGCCACCGAACAAGUUGACCUCCCUUGAUCACUUUUAGAAAAAGAAUCGAUCCAUGUGUAGCUAGCACACAGCUGGCCUAAGAUCACUGGUAGAAAUAUGCCCUAGAUAGGCCAUAUCAUAUGCAGAAGGUUGUCUUGUUUCCCGAGAUCGCAAACAUUUUUAAGAAGGGAACGGGCAGUUUUCUUUAUUUUCAUUUUUUCUUGCUUAUUCCUAUCUAAACUGACUGGCGCAAUGAUGCAAGAGAAGAACAAGGAAUGACGCAUUGACCGAGGAAGAAGAUAGUUAGAGUGACUACAUGCACGAUACCAUGUGGGCCGGUAAACACCCACACCCGGAUCUAAUUAAUUAACAUCACGUCCCAUAGUAAUAGGCUGUGUUUGGCAGAAACAAUUAAUCUGGCCAUCCAAAAAGUUGAUCACCCUAUCACUUUUGUUAUACCAUCAAGCUAGCUGGCUAGUACAGUACUUGUUUUAUUUUCGACUGGCCAGCUGGAUUGGCAUCACUGUAUAGAAACACCCACUCUAGCUAGAUAGUAGGCAAUAGCAUCAUGCGGAAGCUUGCUUUGUUUCCCAGUAUUAAUUGCAGUUGUUUUAAGAAUAUAAGGAAUUGGUAGGUUGUUUUGUUUCCCUUUUCUUAUGCCCACCUAAACGUAAGAGUUACGCAUAGAUGGAAGAGGAAGAACAUGCAUGGAGAGUAACUAUAGCAAACCGCAUAAUAGUGCAAAGUCUGUGUUUGGCCCAAACAUUCUAUAGCUACCCAACAAGUUGACCUCCCUCGAUCACUUUCAGAAAAAGAAUCGAUCCAUGCAUGGUUAGCUAGCACAGCUAGCCUAAUAUCGCGGGCAGAAAUAUGCCCUAGAUGGCCAUAGCAUAUGUAGGAGGUUGUUUUAUUUCCCGAUCGAGAUUGCAAACGGUUCAAAUUAAGAAGAAGGGAACCGGGCAGAUUUCCAGCUUAUUAUUCCUAGUAUCUAAACUGACCGGCGCAUUGAUGCAAGAAAAGAAUAAGGGAGCGAUGCAUCCAUUGAUUGAGGAUGACCAUGUAUAGUACUAAGAGUGACUACAUGCACGCGAUGCGAUACCAUGUCCACACCCUGAUCAAAUUAAUUAACCUCGCCCCAUAGUAACACUAGUUAUUUAAUAGGCUGUGUACGUUUGGCAGAAACAAUUAGUGUAUCCAUCCAAUAAGUUGAUCGCAUCAUGCUAGCUGGCUACUACUCGUACAGUAGUAGUACUUGUUUUAUUUUGGACUGGCCAGUUGGUUUGGCACCUUCUAGCUAGAAAGAUAGGCCAAAUAUAGUGGCAUGGUGCAGAAGGAAAUUAAGGUUGUUUUGUUUCCGAGUAUUAAUUGGUACAGGUUGUUUCAAGAAGAAGGAAUUGGUGCAGGUUGUUUCAACUUUCAAGUGGCUGCCAAAUUAAACAGGCCAAGAAACACGAUGUCUGGCUCAGUUUUAGGAAGAAAACUACCUGGCUAUUAGCUUUCCUAGUACUAGUAUAUUGCCUUAUUAUUGAUUACGUAUGUGACAAGAGAAGAGUGUCACACAAGAGUAAGAAUGACAAGAAAAUACGUAACCAAGGGAGACUGGACUGGAGUAGCUGCUGCCUGCGAUCGAUUAUUCGAUUAUAAAUACCCCUAGCUACUACGUACCCCUCCCUAGGCAGGGCAGGAGCAGGAGAAGAGUAGCACUAGCACCAACCAACCAAUUCAAUCGGAGGUGAGGGAGAGGGACACAGGAGGAGCUGGAGCUGGAGCUGGCUGAUGAAGUCGUCCGUGACCGUGAUGAAGGUGGCGCUGCUGCUUCUGAUGCUCCUGCUGGCUGUCAAGGCUGACCGCCUUGAGAAGGACAACUCCUUCGGGACGGUCGAGUGGCAGCCGAAGCAGCUGAAAAAAGUGACCUGGAACGUGAGUCGACCGGCCGCUGCGUACACGACAUUCAUGUGGGACAUGGAUCGCGAGGUGAGGCUGACGACGACCACAUCUCCCAAUCCCAUCUGGGGGCUUCCUGUCCUCAGCAAGUGGAAGGCUAUGACGCGAGACAACUGGAUCCAAGUGACCCUCCAGGCCCAGGGGCGGCAGGGUCGCAUGGAGUCCGCCCUCGCGAUUCGAGCAGAUAACCUCUAUCUGGUGGGGUUCAGGACCCAAGCCGGACAUUGGUACACUUUCAAGAAAAAAGGGCCAUCUGAUCCCAGGAUCAACAGCCCUCGACUACAUCGAAGACAGCUACCAGAACCUAACUGGCAGCAACUAUCGAGCCCUCAACCAGCUUGUCCUGAGCAGGGGAUCUACCCAAGCUUCCGUGGAGCUUCUGGCAAGCUACGUCCAUGGAUCAACCGACAAGUACUGUAAGUAUACAAGCUGUUUCACGUGGCGAUGGAUGUGCUAGCUGGAAUGUAGUAGUAGUAGUGCAAUGGUGCUUGCUUUUUUUUGCUUCCACAUGGUUUCAAUGCGCUAUCAAUCAACUACUCAUGUAUUAUAUAGUACUACUACUACAACAGUUUGGGCAACAGUCUUUGGUAAGCAUGCCAAAAUCUUAAAAUAACAGAUUUCUUACAACGGUAAAAAAAAAUGGACUGAGCAUGAUUAACAGACACAGAAAAUAGUCCAGCCGAUCAAUAUUCUUCUUCUAAGCAUUUACUCUGUUGUUCCUUAGGUGAAUUGCUUUGCGGAACCCGCUGCUGUUAUCUGCUCAAAACAAAUAUAUUUCUUUGGCUAACAGACAUGCAUGUGUGAGAUUUCU